AUGUUCUCUGCGUUGCCCCAGGGGAAUCCAGGCGACGCCCCACGGAGCAUGAGGUCUCGCCUUUCGACUCGUUCGUCUACGCAGUGCCGAGCACGACACGCGGCGGCACACGUCUUGAUACUCUCAGGUUAUGCCACGAUCACCUGCUCUGCAGGUGUCAGGUUGUCCACGGGCACACGCGAACCACAGGCGCGUGACUGUAUUGGACACUUCGACGUGUUCAUGAUGCAGGCCUCGAUGGAAGUGGCGAACGAAGUGCAGCGCCGUACCAUAGGUGUGCGUAGUCCGCGCGGUUCCCGCCAGCGAACUCCUCCGGUCAUGCCCCCGUCGGGCAUGCCUGCGGCAGCCAUGCCCCCUCCAAGCGGCAUGCCCGCGGCAGCGUUGCCCCCGUCGGGUAUGCCCGCGGCAGCCUCGCCCCCGUCGGGCAUGCCCGCAGCAGCCUGGCCCGCGGCAGGCCUGCCCGCGGCAGGCUUGCCCCCGCCGGGCAUGGCCCCGGCGGCCCUGCCCCCGGCAGGCUUGCCUCCGGCAGCCCUGCCCCCGGAGAGCUGGCCUGCGGUGGCCACGCCCCCGGAAAACUGGCCCCCCGUUUCCGCACCGACACCGUGCGUCGACACUGCCAAUGGGGCCACGAACAGAUUCGGCAAGGGGUGUGACGUCUACACGCACGAUGCCGAGAACCCGUUUUCUGGGAUCUGCUUCGAUCCCUAUUACGACGACGAUGACUUCUCAUCUGGGAAGAUGUGCUGCGUGUGCCCAGAGGAGUGCCCCACAGAAGAACCUUACGAUCGCCCGAGCGACUGCGAGGAUUGGAUCGAGUUUUCGAUUCACAACACUGUUGGCGUGAGGAACCCUCAUUCAAAUCUUGGUGGGCUGGGUCCGGACGGAGACAAGCCGAAGGAGAUAAGGUAUUAUGGAGUCGGGCGCCUUCCAGAUGGGGUCUUCUACGAUCUAGUCUUUACCAACACAAGCACUUAUGUCCCGAAGAAUACCAAUUGGAACACGAUUCUUGGUUCUCAGGCGAUUUUGAAUACCCUAGUCGGUGAGACUACGACUGUCAAGGCGGAGUUUGUGAGGAACCAUACCUUCUGUCCUAUUGUGCCGGUCCUCCCAAAGAUCACGUUCUGCGACAUCGACCAUUUCGUGAAUGGAGAGAAUGAGAUCUUGAUGCUCGACGGCGUCAGCGCUCUCUACACAGUCGAUGGUGACGUCGACUACAUGUUGGAAGUGUAUGAGCCUGGAAGUGUUUUCAACGAAAAUCCGCUUCCAGUGGCCUACACAACAGAGUCAAUCCCAACGCAGGUUCCGGGUAGAACCGCCCGGAAGUUCGUGUCCAGCACAGGUGGCAAGUUUGGGGUCAAGGCAACCUCGCAGAUGUUUGGCCACGGCUGCGACAACCCGACGGACUCGAACGAAUUGACCAACAUCACUUGUCCAGACGAGAAUGCCGUCCCCGUUGACCAGGCGAAGCGAUGUUUCAUGGCAGAGUUCUCUGACACGAGCGAGUUCGAGGUCGGGUUCAAGAUCCUGACCUAUCAUCCUCCCGGCCACGUUCAGGAGUGGGGUCGUAACUUCGCCAUGUCGGGGACGUCCAGGUUCUUCGCCCACGAGGGGAGCAAUACUUGCACGCCCACUGCCAGCGAGGUCCUCUCCGCUCAGGACCUCGCCACCGCGGGUGCCAGUGUGGGGAUCACCGGCGUUGAUGAGGGAGUCACUGGCGUUAGUGGGGGGAUCACCAGCGUGAGUGGGGGUAUCGCCGCCCCACCAACACCUGCGCCAUGCGUAGAUCCUGCCAAUGGGGCUACAAACAGACUCGGCAACGGGUGUGAAGUCUAUACGCAUGAUGCCGAAAAUCCGUUUUCUGGAAUUUGCUUCGACCCGUACUACGACGAUGAUGAUUUCACAUCUGGAGAGAUGUGCUGCGUGUGCCCAGAAGAGUGCCCCGCGGAAGAGCCAUACGAUCGGCCCGACGUGUGUGAGGAUUGGGUGGAGUUUACAACUCUAAAUAGCUGGGGUGUGAGAAAUCCGCAUUCAAAUCUUGGCGGACUGGGUCCAGACUUGGAUAAGCCCAAGGAGCUUCGAUACUAUGGAGUCGGGCGCCUUCCAAAUGGUGUCUUCUACGAUCUAGUCUUUACCAACAUAAGCACUUAUACCCCGAGGAACACUACUUGGAACACAGUUUUUGGAGCCCAGGCGAUUGUGAACACUCUGGUUGGUCAGACUACAACUAUCAAGGCGGAGUUUGUGAGGAACCACACCUUCUGUCCUCUUGUGCCAGUCCGCCCGAAGAUCACCUUCUGCGACAUCGACCACUUCGUAGAUGGAGAGAAUGAGAUCCUGAUGCUAGACGGCGUCAGCGCUCUCUACACGGUCGAUGGUGCCAUCGAUUACGCUCUGGAGCUGUACGAGCUUGGAAGUGCUUUCAACGAAAAUCCCGUUCCAUUGACCUACACCACAGAGUCGAUCCCAACGUUAAUUUCGGGCAGAACCGCCCGGAAGUUCGUGUCCAGCACAGGUAGCAAGUUUGGGAUCAAGGCAACCUCGCAGAUGUUUGGCCACGGCUGCGACAACCCGACGGGCCCGAACGAGUUGAUCAACAUCACCUGUCCAGACGAGAAUGCCGUUCCGGUUGACCAGGCGAAGCGGUGCUUCAUGGCCGAGUUUGACAACACGAGCGAGUUCGAGGUCGGGUACAGGGUACUGACUUACCAUCCUCCAGAGUACGUUCAGGAGUGGGGCCGCAACUUUGUCAUGUCCGGGACGUCCAGGUUCUUCGCUCACGAGGGGACCGAGACUUGCACGCCCACGGCCAAAGAAGUCCUUACCCCAUCAACGUUUGCGCCUACUUCGCCGCCAACGCCUGCGCCCACCAUGCCAUUCAUUCCUGAGGGUGAUGGUGAGUUCCAUGCAGGUAGCUCGUCCCCGACCCCGGCGCCAGCGCCGCCGUCGGGUCCUGUCUCGGCCAUCGGCGACCCACACCUGGUCAACGUGCACGGGCAGCGCUUCGACCUGAUGAAGCCUGGCGUCCACGUCCUCCUCCGCGUGCCAUUCAGAGCGAGCCGCCUGGAAGCGCUCAUCGUCGUGGAGGCUGAGGCUCAACGGAUAGGAGGCGCCUGCGCGGAUACAUAUUUCAUGAGCAUCAACAUGACGGGAACAUGGGUGGAGACCAAGGUCAAUGCGCUCGGCCUGGUUGGCGGCCACGGCCUUUACUUCAACGCGGGCACCGGGGCAGCCCACACAGGCACGCCGUGGAUGUCCUUCGGGAGGGUGUGGCUGAAGGUGAGGCACGGCCGCACCAGCACAGGCACAGCAUACCUGAACUUUUUCGCUCGCAACCUGAGGCACUCGGGCCACCUCGUGGGAGGGCUCCUCGGGGAGGACGACCACACUGAGGCGGAAACCCUGAACAUUGGAUGCAAGAAAACCCUCGAGAUUUGA